GCCUGAGGGAUGAGGGGACACGGCCUGAGGGGUGAGGGGAUGGCAGGGACAUCCUGAGGGGAUGAGGGGACACGGCCUGAGGGUUGAGGGGAUGAUGGAAGGGGUGAAAGGAGAUGAGAACAGCAGCAGAGAAAGGGAAAAGGGAACUGAAGAUGAGAGGAAUGCAAGAGAGAAAAUGGAGAGAAAACCUGAAAGAAAAGGCUGCAGUGAUGGACCUGGACCCACGCAGUGACGGGCUCUACGGCCAAGACCCCCCAAGACCACCGUGUGUCCCAGUGUCCCCCCGCCCCAGGGACAAGGUGGUCUCAGGUGUCCCCAGGAGAGGCAGUGCCCCUGUGCCCUGCCCAGUUCCCCCCUCAGGUCCCCCUGGGAGGAUCCCACAGCUGGAGGUGCUGCUGAGGCAGGUGCACAGCCUGCAGAAAGUCCGUGAGGCCACGACACAGGAGCUGGUGAAGGGACAAAACUGCAGUGAGGGGUUGCGCCAGCACCUGGAGCAGUUGGAGCAGCACAAGGAGGCACUGGAGAGGUCCUGGCAGCAGGUGCAGGAGUCACUGCAGAGAGCGCAGCUGCAAGGGAAGGAGGUGGAUGCCAAAGGCCAGAGGCGCUGCGGGCUCUGCCUGGAGCAGCAGCAGGACCUGGAGGGGACAAAGCAGCAGUGGGAGCAGCUGCAAAACCUGCGCCGGGGACACAGGUGGCAGCACUGCCAGCAGCUCGAUGCCAUCAUGGAGGAGCUCAAGCAUCUGCGUGUCACACACGCUCCAGCCCACCUGGAGGCUGAACUGGUGCAGCUGGAGAAGAUGGAGGAGAAGUGGCUGAGCUGGGAGCGCCGUGUGAUGGACACCGAGGAGCAGCUGGGCCCAGAGGCACCUGUGCUCAGGCGAUUGGUGCAGCAGGAGCAGGAAGGGGCGGAGCAACAGCUGGAGGUGGAGCUGGGCCGGCAGCAGCUGAGCCUGCAGCGCCGUGACAGGCUGGCAGAGGAGCUGCAGCAGCUGCAGCGCCCCCAGGAGGCUCUCGCAGAGUGACAGGGGACGAGAUGGACACACCCCAUGGGACACCCGUGGCACCUGUGUGACACCUCUGUGUGUUACCUGCGGGCCACCUGUGUCCUGCCAUGUUCUCGUGUUCCCCAUUCCCCAUUGUCCUCCCCGCCAUGUCCCCCUCAGGUCCCCAAGGCUCCCCUGUAUCCCCCAGUCCUCUCAAGUUCCCCCCAUCCUUCCCAUUUUCCCCAAUGUCCCCCAUGUCCCCCCAUGUCACCAAUGUCCUCCAUGUCCCCAAUGUCCCCCAUGUCCCCCCAGGUCCUCAUGUGCCCCACAAUGUCCCCUCACAUUCCCCAUGUCCCCAGUUCCUCCCCAUGUCCCACCAAUGUCCCCCAUGUCCCCUCACAUCCCCCAUUUCCCCAUGUGCCCCUCCAAUGUCCCCCCAUGUCCUCCCAUGUCCCGA